CUAUUUGGGAGAGAGAACUAGCAUUACUUGUUCUUAAAACUUAAGAGACCAAAAAGGUCGUCCGCACCUCUCUCUCUCUCUCUCUCUCUAACUCACUGUCUCCACGUCAGUCUUCAUACUUCAAACCCAGAGAGUACAAUCUUCCCCUGUCAAAGGUUUGCAAGAGCACUAAACUUUCAAUCCUUAUUCCUCUACCCCCAGCAUUCGGAGCCAAAUAAUUUCCUAUAUGUGAUUCCAUUUGCUUUUUCCAAUAUACCGCCCUCAACAUGUUUGUGGAAAUGCCUCUGAGAGUUGGUUGUAUAUUAGUGGUGUGCUUCUUCUUCCCCCCUCCUUCUCUGUUUGAACCUUUUGACUGAAUCCCAAUUUGUGAAGGUCUAUUUCUAUAUUCGGUUUUCGGUAAAGUUGGGGAGAAAGAAAGUGAAACUCUGAUGUGUUGUUUUGUAUUGUUUCUUGAAGGGAAAUAAAUGAGGAAUAUGCUUCAACCUAGCUAGAUACUUGUAUUAGAAGCAUCUGGUAGCCGACGUUUUUGUUUACACAUGUUAUGAAGUGAUUCUUUUGUUCCAAUAUGUCAAGUGCUGUCGCAAAAUUUUGUCCCAAAUUUGAUGAAAGUACUUACAGAAUAAUGACCCACAGAUGUUCAUUCUUACAGAGUUACACUUGCUGAGCAAUCUGACAGUCAUAAAUAUUUUCCGAGUUCUCUUGCAGCUGCAGGACAAAAUUUGGGAUCUGUGAAUCAUGUUCCUCAGGAGACUUGCAGUGGCGCUCCCUCACUCAAGAAGUUUCUUCAGUGGUAACAAUAAUCAUGAUCUUGCAAGUGCCAUUUCUGAGCUAAAUAAGGAAAUGGAAUCCGUGUUUGGUGAGCCUCCUUCAAAUGGUCAUGCGAGUUCUGCCAGUAAUCAAUAUAUGGCUCAAGAACCCCAGUUAGUUUCUCAUAAGGUAGUUGAAAGCACACCUGGCCUGACCCACAUUAGCAGUACGGGUGAAGCCCAAAUGGUUGAUGUUUCUCGCAAAGAAAGUAGUAAGAGAACUGCAAUUGCCAGUUGUAAAGUAAUUCUUGGCAAGAAGGUGUUUGAUCUGGUCGCGGCUAACCAGAUUGCCAAGGGAGAUGUCCUUACUGUGGCGAAAAUUGCAGGAAUUGGUGGAGCAAAGAAAACAAGCUGUCUCAUCCCACUGUGCCACAACAUAUACUUGACUCAUGUUCGUGUCGAUCUGACGCUGAACACUGGGCAUUUUAGUGUUGAUAUAGAAGGGGAAGCUGCAUGUACAGGGAAAACCGGGGUUGAAAUGGAAGCAAUGACAGCCGUAACCAUUGCUGGUCUAACAGUUUAUGAUAUGUGCAAGGCUGCCUCGAAGGAUAUCCAGAUUACAGAUGUGCGUCUUGAGUCCAAAACUGGUGGGAAGAGUGGGGACUGGUCCAGGGAGAAGUAAUAUUGUCUUUAAGGAAGACCGUAGUGCAAAAUGCUACCAAAUGUUUUGGGUGUUCCGCACCCUUUUUGUUUUUUGGAAUUUCAAGUUUCUGUUCUUUCCAAAUUGAAUUGUUACAAGUGAAACUACAUUACCUAAAUUGUACAGAAAUUAGAAGUAGCUUGCAUCUUCUGAACUUAUACCAAGCUGUGAUAGCUGGAAAUCCAUUGAGUUUUGGGUUUGGAGGAUUAGUCCCCAACCCAUAUUAGUUCAUUUUACACAAAGGUGUCCUGUGGUGAAUGAAAUUACAUCCCCUUCCUCUGUC